AUUUUAUAUAAGUCACCUGAUGCAAAACCAUGAAUUUUGUAAAUUUGACGAAUGUUGUAUUCAGCAGUGUUAUGAAUAUUUGAUAAAAACGGUUUUUGCUCAGUGAACAACAGUCACCCAACUACAUAACAAGGGUUCAAUAUCUAUCUGCACUAUGUCGCAGCCAUGUAAGGAAAACUUUUCUAGUUUGCUAUGCACCACACUGGACACUUUCGGGUAUAGUCAUGAUAUUAAGAAUGCACGGGUAUAUACAAUGGAAAAACUUGCUGAAUCUCUCUCAAAACAAGCAACAAGUAAACUCAGAUUAAUUACCAAUUCUGAUAUAAGGUUGACAUCCUACAUCGUUGGCAGUAGAAGUGAAGGUGUUACAAAUAUGUUUCAAAGUGAUUUCGAUGUCAUGAGCGUGCUGAAUGAAUUUGUGUGUGUAGAUACGCCAUGCGAGGAACGAAAUUUGUGUGUUUUUAAGCCGGAAUAUAAGAAUUCACCUCCUGGCUAUGUUCGACUUAUUGCUAAAUUCACAGAAUUUAACGAUUUAACACCAGGUAUAUACAUAUCAGAGCAAAAUGAAAUGUACUUUUCGAGCGUAUCGCUAACGAAAUUGCUAUUAAACACCCAUAUUCUUAGAGACAACAUUUUACCUACACAUCCGUUAAUUCAAAAUGUUGUCCGAAGUUCAGUCGGUCCAUCAAUAAAUAAAACCUUUGACUUGAGUUUUGCAGGGUGGAAUUCAAAACCGGAAAAUGACUCUGUUUUCGCGAUAUAUAUGUACACCAGCAAUAUCUCUAAAAGGUGGUCAUCAGGAGCGGGGAGAAACGGAUGGCCGUCACAGGAGCUUGUAAAUGAAAUAACUUCAAUUGAAGGUUUUCUUGUACCUGUUGGGGAAAAAGAAAGCGAAAAUGAAUUACUAGAAUGGCGAAUAUCUUACGUUACUACAGAGAAGAAACUUUUAUGCAGUCUUAACAGUACUCAAAACAAACUAUAUGCUCUAUUGAAAAUGAUAUCAAAGGAGGUAAUCAAACCAAAUCAAAGCGGUAUAUCAUCAUACAUGAUGAAAAACAUAGUACUUUGGAUGGCAGACCGAAACUCGAGUUCUUUAUUUGUUCCCAGUCUUAUGGUCGAUAGAAUUAUGCAGUCAUUGAAUUUUCUAAAAGUUUGCUUGCUGAAUAACCACUUGCCAAAUUACUUAAUACCAGAGAGAAAUUUGUUAGCUGGUAGGAUUACUAGCAAAACAAAAGAGCCAUUGAUAGAUUCAAUCACAGCGUUGCUCGAAGAAGGGAAAGGGAUUUUUUCUCGCAUUCCUAAAAUUGCCAAGUGUUUUACUAUCAUGCUCAAUUUUCGCGAAUCAGCUUUAGCAUAUGGAAAAUGGCGAGAUCAAGUUGAGAAAAAAAUUCUAGAGUUAGUGGUUUUUGAAAUGGACAAUGACUGUGAUUCACCUUUACAUGAUGUUGUAGAUGAAUCGACAUCAAGACCACAAUACCAUGGAAUAUUAUUGCAAUUGAUUAUUUUGAUUUUUCCGGACUUGUUCUCUCAAUAUCUGCAAAAUAGUAGGACGAACAUAACUGAAACGGUUGUACAAAGAUUUAAAAUGAUUUUCGAAUGAUGUUACAAGCGUUCUAUUCAGAAAGUAGUCUUUUUUCAAAAAGGACAACUUGUAGAAACAUUAGCAAGCAUAGUCUGAAUAAAGAUGUCGUCGGAGUUGUUCAUUAUAGAUGUCUACAUACCCCACCGAUGUUCCUAUUACAAUCAUUACCCAAAAAAUGCAAGUUCUUACCCACACUCUCCUAGUUUCUUAAAAUGUUCAAUACCGAAGCACAAUAUUUAAAGAUUUUGGACGGGCAAUUCAUAUCGUGUUUAGAAGCGUCACAUAUUUUCUUCCAGUUCUGUUCAUCUUUUUAUCUUAACAUAGCAGACAUUACAAUUCUCGAUACAGUUAAGUCAAAAUGAUUUACCAACUAACCUAAUUGAAAACUUUUGCCAGAGCGACUGUUAUAUUUCUCGCAUGCAUUUUCAAUUGCUGCAUAGUUUAAAGUAGGACCGUCUCAUUUUUAUUAAACACAAUUUAAAUGAGGUUUCAGAAUGCAGUUUUCAGACAAGUUACUGGUAUUUUCAUCGGAAUAAGUUAUUUUGAAAAGAUUGUAUGUUUCUAGAUACGCCAAUUGUUUACAAGCUUCUGCUGGCCAGAUUUUAUAUAUUGGACGAUUCAUUACACAUUUUCGGGUUCUCAGUUCCUUUCAUAAAAACAUUGAAUCUCCUGUAAAGGUCAGCUUGCUUUUUACACAUAAAUAAACGAUUACAUGACUAACAAUUCUUACAUGUAGAGCAUUCAACUUAAAGUUAUUAUUAUCCGAUGCCAUUUUCUAAAAUGAAGACCUGUAACAACCGAGUUUCAGAAUAAGAAUCUGCAAUUCAGAUUGUAUUCUUUUGAGUUGCAUGGCGAACUACUCCCACCAAUCUUUAAAUUUCUGCCCAAGAUGUGGAGUGAUAACUAAAUGUCUCUCUUUCUCGUCUUGAAUUUCAAAUUUUAUCUGAUAAAAAAGUUUUUUUCACGAUAAGACUUCCAUCACAAUUCUGAUAAUGGAGUCGUUGCAGCACAUUAUCUAAUUGAUAGAUUUCAAGGAAAACUAAAAUGUCACAGGGUGAGAAAUAUAUUCAGCAAGACUGGGACUCGAACCCAGGGCCUCAGAAUACCGUUCUAAUGCUCUACGGACUGAGCUACCCGGCCGCCUACACACUUUCUCCCUGUUUUAAUA